AUGAGAACAGAUACAUUAGAGAGCAAUAACACUAAAUCCAGCGCUCCUCUCCUGACCCAAAGAUACCUGAGGAUGGUCACUAAGGACGGACACAGCACGUUCCAGAUGGACGGUGCCCAAGGAAAAGGCCUGGCGUACCUACGAGACGCCUGGGGAAUACUGAUGGACAUGCGCUGGAGAUGGAUGAUGCUUGUCUUUUCAGCCUCUUUUGUCAUCCACUGGCUAGUCUUUGCAGUGCUUUGGUAUUUACUGGCUGAGAUGAACGGGGACCUGGAGCUGGACCACGAUGCUCCACCUGACAACCACACUAUAUGUGUCAAGUACAUCACCAGCUUCACAGCUGCUUUCUCUUUCUCACUGGAGACACAACUCACCAUUGGUUACGGCACUAUGUUCCCAAGCGGGGACUGCCCCAGUGCUAUUGCCCUGCUCGCUAUACAGAUGGUCCUGGGACUCAUGCUGGAAGCCUUCAUCACAGGUGCUUUUGUGGCCAAGAUCGCCCGUCCAAAGAACCGGGCCUUCUCCAUCCGCUUCACCCGCUCGGCCAUCGUGAGCUGCGCGGAGGGGACGCCCUGCCUCAUGUUCCAGGUGGCCAACACGCGCUCGAGCCCGCUCACCAGCGUCCAGAUUUCUGCUGUCCUCUACCAAGAGCAGGAAACCGGACAGCUGCACCAGACCAGUGUUGACUUCCACCUGGACAGCAUCACUUCCGAAGAGUGUCCGUUCUUCAUCUUCCCGUUGACCUACUUCCACCUCAUCACUCCCUCCAGCCCCCUGGCUGCUCUGCUCCAAAGGGAGGCUCCUCGGCACUUCGAGCUCGUGGUCUUUCUGUCAGCCGUGCAGGAAGGCACGGGAGAGAUGUGCCAGAGGAGGACGUCCUACCUCCCCUCAGAGAUCCUGCUGCACCACCGCUUUGCCUCCACACUAGCCCGCAGCGCCAAAGGGGAAUAUCAGAUCAAGAUGGAGAAUUUUGACAAAACUAUUCCAGAGCUCCCAGCCGCAGCUGACUCAAAGAGCCCAAAAAGGACUGCCAAGGAGAUCCGCAUCAACGGACAGCACGCUGACAGCUUCCAGCUCUCCGAGACUGGCCUCACAGAAUAG